UCAAGACCUUCUGAAAUUUUUCCCUUUCCUUGGAAAGGCCCUCCCUGACCCCAGCAGCCCAACUGUCUUACUCCUCUGCUGUAAAAGCUCCUCACAAACCUACUGACAACAUGCCGAUCGCGAACGGAGAUAUCGCCAACGGCGCCCCUGUUACGCGUAAAGGGGAGAAACUGGACUAUCGGACAGCCCUCCAAGUUCUCGAGUCCGACUACGACACUCGCGAUGGCCUCGACAUCAAGACGCUUCUGGACUCGAACAAAAACGGUGCUCUGACCUAUAAUGACUUCCUCAUUUUGCCUGGAUAUAUUGGCUUCCCUGCGUCAGAGGUCACCCUCGAUUCCCCCAUCACCAAACGAAUCUCUUUGAAGACUCCGCUUCUUUCCUCACCUAUGGACACUGUUACAGAAGAUUCGAUGGCUAUCCAUAUGGCUUUGCUGGGCGGUCUCGGUAUCAUCCACCAUAACUGCUCCGCUGAGGAGCAGGCGGAUAUGGUUCGCAAGGUCAAGAGAUACGAAAACGGUUUUAUCUCCGAUCCCAUUGUUCUCAGCCCCAAGACGACCGUUGGGGAAGCGAAAGAACUGAAAGAGAAGUGGGGGUUUGGCGGAUUCCCAGUCACAGAAAAUGGGCAGCUCAAGUCCAAGCUUAUUGGCAUCAUUACCACUCGCGAUAUUCAGUUCCAUCCCCGUCCCGACGACUUGGUCACAGAGGUCAUGUCGAAAGAUCUGAUCACUGCACCAGCUGGUACUACCUUGGCCGAGGCGAAUGAUGUCCUCCGCCAGUCAAGGAAAGGCAAAUUGCCCAUCGUCGACGCAAGCGGUAACCUGGUGUCCCUCCUGUCCCGAUCCGACCUUUUAAAGAACCUCAACUACCCUCUUGCCUCUAAACUACCCCAUUCCAAGCAACUGAUUGCCGCUGCGGCGAUUGGCACUAGACCCGAGGAUAAGAUCCGAUUGCAGAAGUUGGUUGAAGCUGGGCUGGAUAUCGUGAUUCUGGAUAGCAGUCAAGGCAACAGCAUGUAUCAAGUCGACAUGGUUAAGUACAUCAAGGAAAAGUACCCCCUACUUGACGUCAUCGCCGGAAACGUGGUGACUCGGGAACAAGCCGCGAACCUCAUCGCUGCUGGUGCCGAUGGCCUGAGAAUUGGCAUGGGCAGUGGCAGUGCCUGCAUUACACAAGAGGUUAUGGCUGUGGGACGACCUCAGGCUACAGCUGUGCAUGCCGUGUCGUCAUUUGCGGCCAAAUUCGGCGUGCCCUGCAUUGCAGACGGAGGCAUACAGAACGUUGGCCACAUUGUCAAGGGAAUUGCGAUGGGUGCCUCAACCGUGAUGAUGGGUGGACUCCUUGCCGGCACCACUGAGUCUCCUGGCCAGUCUUACAUUAACCGCGAAGGCAAGCUUGUCAAAGCAUACCGGGGAAUGGGCAGUAUCGAUGCCAUGGAAGACAAAAAGGCCGGCGGAGGUGGUAAGAACUCCAAGGCCAGCAAUGCCGGAACGGCGCGCUACUUCUCAGAAGGCGAUCGACUUUUGGUCGCGCAGGGCGUCUCGGGAGCUGUACUGGACCGAGGCUCUGUCACCAAAUUCGUGCCUUACCUGCUAGCUGGUCUACAACAUUCUCUGCAAGACAUUGGUUGCAAGAGCUUGGUCGAGUUUCGUGACGAGGUUGCUAGCGGCAAUGUACGGUUUGAGCUCCGGACAGUCAGUGCCCAAGCCGAAGGAAACGUGCAUGGGUUGGACAGCUUCGAGAAGAAGCUCUACUCCUGAGGAGGCCAACAUCAAGCCGGAAUACCAGCAUGGCGGAGGCGAAGGGGGCGUUGGACGGGCUAGGGGGCAGUUUGAUACCUACGCCAUCUCAAAUGUUUGACGUUUGCACAUGAUUUUCAUGAUUGGAAUGACAUACCCAGAGACAGUUGACGAUACAUACAUAGAUCAAAGUUGGCCCCAAGGCCGGCUCGAGGAGCGGUGUGUCAUAGGGAGACAAAAGACAUACGAGUAACUGUUUCGUCCUCUAUACUCAGGUCCAUGUAUGUGCCCCAUAUUGACGUACAAUUAUUAUACAUUGUCCGCCCUGCCAGCAUGGACCUCGGCGCGUUCUCGGCUCUGCAAGGCACCGUCUG